AUGAGCUCGCCGCCUGUCAAGAAAGCGUGCGAUGCGUGUCAUCGCCGUAAGGUCAAGUGUUCUGGCGAGCAACCCUGUGCGAAUUGCGCUCAGACAAAUCUACAAUGCACGUAUCUCGCGAUCCCGCAGAAGAAGGGCCCAAAGGGCUCUCGAGCCAAGGUCAUUUCUCAGAUCCGCGACAAUCAGCAUCAUGCGACGCCCUCUCAGUCGAGUCCAUUUGACUUCAACAGUCCACCCACAUCCCCUUAUUCUCGGGAUCCUGCGCUGCUGUCAAAGCAGACGAUCGAAAUUUGUGUCGACUUCUACUUCACCAAUAUGUACACAACAGCUUGGAUUAUGAAUCGUGAAUCGUUGCUGGAUUCGAUCGCUUCACAAAUUGCUACCGAUGCCGAGCUCUAUUGUUUGACGGCAUCCCUUUGUGCCUUCGUCAUGGUUCAGCCCGGCACGAAUUUGCCCGUGGCUCCAGGAUCUCAUUACCAGGGAGAAUCUCCCCAAACCCGAUACGGCUAUGCUCAGAUGCUCCUCGACGAUAUUGUCCGAGUCCGGAAAAGCUUCGACUACAUCGAGUCGUCGUCUCUGGGCUCUGUCCAGACAUCAUUCUUCCUUUUUAGCUGCUAUUUUACCCUUGAACGGCAGAACCUGUGCUGGUAUCAUCUACGAGAGGCGGUAACAUUGGCGCAAAUCAUGGGCAUGCACGAAGAGUCGUCCUACGCUACAGCAGACCAUGUGGAAAACAUCUACAAGAGACGGACCUACUGGCUUUUGCUAGUGACGGAAAGAGCGUACGCCUUGGAAAGACACCGCCCGUUGAGCAUUCACCCAACAAUUGACCUACCUACGCCUCAGGAACCAGAUGAAGAAGCAGUCAUAACCGGGUUUCUCCAUUUGAUCAGUUUGUUUCGUUGCAUUGACGACGAAUUCAUGGGUUUAUGGAACAAGGCAAAACUUAGCUGCUCAGUGGCUUGGUUGACGCAGCUGCAGCAACAGCUUACUGCCGCACUACCGGCUGAUCUGAAAACGACAGAAAGCCAAGCUGCAGACAUUCGCAUCACCCUGCACUGGUUAAGAAUAAUGGUUUGGCAGCUCUCUAUCACCAAUGGAUUCUUGUCUUCCACCUCAUACCACCGAUCCAUGACCUUCAAAUACCCGAUCGAAGUGUCGAAAGAUCUGGCAGAAGAUAUCAAAGUUUUGUCCAUGGCUUCAAUGGAGCUUCAUGGGGUUGGUCUUAUCGAGAAAUUGUUCGACAUCGCGUGCACUUUGACCGACGUGAUUGCCUGCGUGCCUCUCACGCCAAAUGCGGAAUCAAGCGAGGAAGCACCGAUCGAAUACUUGAAUGCUUUUCUGAGCCUGAUAUCUCGGCUCCGUGGUGGGUCAUCUCGAUACCUGCCUUUACUGCUCGCAAAAGUCUCGGAGACCUUGCCGAAUAUGGCGCGUCCUGUAGCUCCGGCGCAGAUGAGCAUCAAGCAAGGAUAUGCUGGCGCUAGCGACGACACACCAACGCCAUCACCGCCGCAGACAAUGCAAUACAUUGCCGCGCUGGGGCUGGACAGCUCAGUACCAGCAACACACCGACGAAGCCACCUUGGUGGUGCAGGCUCUGCGAGUGGUCCUAACAGUCCGGAGAUGCAUGGGAAGGUGGCGAAGAUGCCGAUCUCGCAAAUAUAA